GAACAUGUAUUUCACUUUGAGUGCACUGACGGAGUGCAGGUGGAGAAACAGAGUCACAGCUAAAAAUCCCUAGGAACUCUAGUAACACUCGAGCAACCAUUUGAAGAUACCUCGAUCGACUAUUGGUCGACAAGUAAAAUCAGUGUUGUAAAUAUCAUGCCACUACCACGUGGAGUGGUAGGUGCAGUGGCACGAGACGCGACUCAAGAAUCAAAGUCCUCACAUCAGACAUCAGAUUUGAAACUUGAAGCAUUGGAGCUCUGUUAGAGAGCCUGAAGAAUAAUUAAGAAGAAUCUGCACCGAAAAGAAACUUAUGGCCAAUUCUUCUUGUACUUCUUAUAGUUGUAGAAAUAUGAAGGACUUUUAUAACAAACUGUGCUUGUUGCUGCUAGAGGAAUUCUUUGGCUCUAUCGUACAGUGCAUUGGUAAUAGUUUAUUGUAUGGAACAAAAACGUUGCGUGCAAUAUGUUUUGGAACAAGUCUACCAGUAGCAAAGGUAAAAGAAGGACUAUGUGUUCUUAUAAAACAUGGUUUUGUCACUUAUCAACGAAAUGAGGAAGAAGUUGAAUAUACCAUAUACCAAGACAAAAUUAUUAUGAUUCUUCGCUAUCCAAGAUACAUACUUUUUGCAAAAACUCACUGUGGAGAUGAGGGUGAAAUCAUGCUGGAAGAGGUAUUAAAACAUGGAUAUAUCACAGCAUCUGAAGUAAUAAUAAAAACAUACAAACGUAUUGAACAGACUCCUUCUAGAUUUAAUUAUCUUAAUGUUUUUUCAGCUGCUGAACCAUCUAUCCCAAAUCUGAAAGAUGUAUUUGAGUUAUUGGUAAAAAAUCAAUUUUUAAUGCGCAGUUUAUCUUUUGAGGCAACAAGAGAUGCGCUAAAGCCUGAUUAUAAUUUACCAAACCUUGAUUUGAUAGCCAUUUCCAGCGUGUUAAAAGGACAAAAUACUGAACUUUCGGAUAAUACAAUAUAUUGGAAAGUCAAUUUUGAUCGGCUUACUGAAGAUCUUAGGGAUCAAAUCCUUAUAUCGGCUACUACUCAAAGAUUUGACAAAAAUGCUGGAGAAUUAAUGAAACACAUGAUCAAUUUGAUGUACUGUCGGACCGCAUCUUGGGCAGCUACCUCAAAUCCAAUUCCGUACACCGAAAUAAAAGAAGAAGUAAAAAAGUCAAAUUAUGAAGAGCUUGAGCAUUUUCUUGAUCAAUACUUGCGGCUUAUAGAAGAAGACAGUACGCAAUUCAUCAGACGCGUUGGCGAUUCUGGUGGAGGGCAAUAUAUACUUAACAUGAAGAACGCAUUUAAACAGUUAACGUGGGCAACUGUGGAGCAUAUCGUUACAGAAAGAUUUGAUUCUAAAGCUGCAAGAAUUUUCAGAUUAAUUCGUAAUGAAAUUGACGUUAAUCUGGACCAAAUCCAGACUUUAGCAAUGUUUCCAGCAAAAGAUGCAAAAUCCAUAACAUAUGCCCUGUCGCAGGAAAAUUACAUACAAACCCAAGAGUUGAAGAAAAGUGGAACUUUGUCAGCACCAACAAAACUGACGAAAGCAUCUCCACCUUAUCGUUUUUGCAUCGAUUUAACUAAAAUUGUCGAAAUGGAAACCGAACAUUGUUAUCAAGCAUUGUAUAAUAUUAUAACAAGACGAGAUCAUGAAUCUACUAAUAACAAACGCUUGAUAGAAAAGCAAUUGAGAGUACAGAUACUCUCUGCCAAUUUGAGAGAACAUGGCGCAACGGAACAGCAAUUGGCUGAUAUUGCAGAAAUGAUAACGCCAUCUGAGAUUCAACAGCUUGAAAGAGCACAAAAUGCGAUUAAAAAACUGGCAGCCGCAGAAUUACAAGUAGAUGAAACCUUAUUUUUAUUUUCCAUGUAUGUCAUGUAUCAUUAACUGCCAUUUUCUUCAAACUCUGCAGUUUUUCUGUAUGAUAUCUAUACAUGUAAAAAAUGAAAGUCUCAUAUUUAUUCAUUUAUAUAGUUCAUAUUUAUUUAUGUAUAAUAAUGAUUACGCUUGUAAAAUACAAACAACAAAGAGUACCUAGCUUUCAAAUUAUAAUAAAUAUAAUCAUAUAUUUUUUAUGUUUAUAAUAGUGCUGUUCUCUAUUGUGAUAUACAGUGCAUUUGAUGUUUCUAUCUAUGAGGAAAAGUCAUCUUGGGUCGUGUCAACAUAAAUAAAUACUUGCAAUUCACCAAUUUAUUCGUACAUUUUAAUCAAUGGUGAUGAAUGUGCGAGGGCCUCUUUUGUCAAAAAUGAAACAUGAAAGAGAGUUAGUUACGUGACUCACAGCCAGCUUGUGGUGCGUUCUUGAUGAAACUUUAAUUUCAAAUUCAUUAAUUAUGCUCGACAGGAUUUGUAUUCUCGGACGCGACGUUUCAUUCACGAUAACAAUAAGCGUGAAAUGUACUACAUCCUUAAUUUUAUUACGUUCCGAAGAAUGACUUUUCCUUUUGUUCUACCGUAUGCUUUGUACGUUCAUCUUAACACUGCCGCGAAUGAAGACUAUUCCAUUAUGAGUAUGUAUCAAUAAAUAAAAUUUAAAGUA